AUGGUAAUCAAACGGAAACUCCGAAAUUCAACUACGAGUGUACCCACACCUGCUCCGGAGAUAAAGGUUGAAGAAAGCACGUCUCUUAAAAUUGAACGAAGAGGUCGCCCUCGUAAGUCUAUAGAUAUUACCGAAGAAGUAACUAGCGAAAAGCCUUCUAAAAUAGUACGCACGACAGAAAACUUCAAAAUAAUCACUUUUAACCCCAAAGGAGUCGGAAAUGGUAGCAAAGGAAAAGAAAAAGAAGCCAAUAAUAUUUCAUCAGAAGUCUCUUCCGAGACCGUUUACAGUGAGACAAAUUUUUCACAAAACGUUGAUUCAUAUAUUACAAAUGAGCAAGAGGCUAUUGUGUCGUCUCCGCUAUCCCAACAAAUCCCCUUUUCCGAAGAUGUUAAAACUCAUUCAGGUAAUAGUGUAGAACGACCUAAGAGAGCUCAACCACGAAAAUGGAUACGUAGAAAGGUUGUGAUAAAAACGACAGGAGCUGAAAUUGCUAUACCAGUUUGGUAUUCCACGCAUUCUAAUGAACAGCUGAACAAAAGCAAUUCAGUCACUCAGGAUUCUCAUAUUGAUUUGAAAUUUUGCAUACAUUUUAUAUUAAGAGCUAUCUAUCUAUACAUGAGUGAAUUAAAUUUUGAAUUCAUUGAUGAUGAUGGUUCAGUGCAUCAGGUCUCUUCCCAAAUAUCUCGAUACCUUAUGAAACCACCCAUCAUUUAUCAUCCAAAAUCAAUACUUUUCUCAUCAACGAUUCGACAUCAAGAACAUUAUGAAAAUUUCAAUCAACUUUCGACUUUUGCCCUUUAUUUUCAAAGAAACGAAUUAUGGGAGGAAUUACAUUUUUUGGAAAGGCUUUAUUACAAGAAUAAGAAUCAGCAUAAGCGGGCGAUAUAUUUCCGUAAGAUUGAAGAGGUAAGGAGGAUUGUCCAUAGGUUCAAAGAAAUGGAAAUUGGCGAUUUAUUAUCGGAAUUCGUUAAAUUAUUUUACGGUCACGAUCAAGAAAAACAACGUCAAAACCGAUGGGAUUAUGUCCCAUCACGAGUCAUGGGGUUUCAUGUAUUAAAUAGGCUAAACUGUGCCAUCUUGCUAAUGGAUAGGGCCUUAGGAUCAUACCUUGAUGCGUACACGUAA